AUGCAGCAAGGGAAGGCAGUCAUCAUUGACUGGGGGGAAACGAAGGAGAGGGGGAGGGAGACCAAGCAGCCGCGGGGGAGCUGCGGUGUGGGAAGCGCCAAAGGAGCCAAGAAUGAGGUACUUACAGAGACCGAGGAAAGAAAUGACAGCUUUCAGGUGAAACGCGGUCAAGAUGGACACGGUCUGGGGAGACCCAAAAUGUUGUUGUUAUGUUGCGCGCGGAAGGAGGGGAUCGACGGAAAGAAAAUGGGGGGUUCCGAAGAGUUAAAACAGCCAGCAAUGGGGAAAGAAGAAGAAGAGGCCUGUUCGACGGAGCUUCUCGGGGUUAUUCUGACGGGAGAAGCAAUAGAAGAGGAAUGUGAUCCAAGUGUCCAUACGGUGUGCGUGCCUCACCCGUUCGUAGUCUUAUUAGUGAGGAUUGGAUGUGCUCCUCUCCUUCCGACCAUCACCACUUGGUCUGGCAGUCCCAGACUUACUACUACUUACUGCUACGAGACUAGUACUGACUACGCUUUAGUUCACGGAGGCUACCACGACUCUAAGUACCACUACAGCUUCGCACGUUUCCACCACAGGCCCCAAGUGGCUCCAGUGAACUCAACUCGCCCGAAGAAGCUGGCGGCACCAGAAGGUCACCGUCAGCGCUCGGCUCCACAACGUGGCUUUCCCCGUCUCUCCCUGGCCGUGCGAGAAUCGCUCCUGCUGGGUGGGUAUCGGCGGGAUGAUGCCGAUCUGAAUGAAUCAGGACAGACAAUAUUAUUCUUUUUCUGGUGCCGCGGGCCAGGCGAUUACCUUCCAUUGCUUCCAUAUACCCCCUCCCCGAGAACAUCCCACGGGACACAUUUUGCGCUAAAAUGUGAGGAAGAGGGGGAUGUAAAUGAGGAACAAGGUCCCCCGAUCGUGGCUGGUAACUGGGCCAGGAGUUUGACCACGGAUAUUGCAUCACUGUUCGGAAGCUACUCCUGCACCUACCCCAGGAGUUUCCCUGGCUCAAGGGGCCUCUAUCUGCCCCUGGUGCGCCCAUCGAGAGGGGAAAAGGAAGGGCACGGAGGAUAA